UGGCCAGACUCUUAGUCACGUAUGGUACACUUCCCUAUCGACUCGACGCUAGCAGGCAAAGGUCAUACAUUUGGACGUUCCUGCUUUCUAGUCAGACUUUUUCUGCAUAGGAAAUUUCCAGAGACUAUUUUUGUCUAAUAAUAAUCUACACCUGAAGUCGGUUGGCGGUUUUCUUGUUGCCUUGGUUCGGGGGGACAAAAAAAAACGCGCGUCUUCUGUUUCUGAGCCGAGCGGAAAUAUUGCGGAAACAAACAGGAUCAUGACUGAACCAUUAGUCGGCAGCAUCCGCCGCUACACAAAGUACACGGCGCUCUGUAUACUUCUCUUCAGCAACGUGGGGAUGUACUAUUUUCUGAAAGGUUACUGGAACAUCGAGUACAUCUACGCCAAUCAACUGGGCUAUUUGGUGACGUCACCGAAAUCAACAUUUCGAGUUGGGGAAGAAUUAAGUGUGGUCAUCUCAGCUCGACACAAGCAUAAUAUGACCGCAAACGUCGGUGACUUUUUACGGGCCUCUAUUUCAACAUCUAAUUCACGUUCAAGUGCUGUCGGCAUCAUCAAAGACAACGCCGAUGGCACGUACACUGUGACGUUUCGACUCUUAUGGACAGGAAAUGUUAAAAUUAAUAUCCAACUUAUCAGUUCUCGACAAACUGUAGAUAUCAUAGAACGAACUGCUCUUGAUUUUCCCGCCGACAAGGUCAUGUUUCGCAGACGCUACCAGAACGGAAGCAAAGAGGAAGUUCAGGUGCUGUGUAACGUGUAUCCCGAAGUCUUGCACGGAGACGGCGGCGUGUGUAAUUAUUCGGACCCGCACGCGGGGGCACGGUGGUUCUGUGAGAAGGCGGUGACAGUUCCCUGUGACGCCUGGGGCUUCCACGGCGUCCACAUGUACAGGGCGAUGAGAGACAUGCUAGAGAAGGGAGAAGAGAGUCGUUUCAGGAACACAUUUUCCAACGGUGAAGCAAACGCAGCAAGAAUUCCUCUCUCUGGAGACCCAGAUAGAGUCUACGUCAUGGAAGGCAUGGAUCUCUUGGCCAACCGCACCCACUGCAUGCCGGGACAUCCCAACCCUCCCAUCUCCGGUUAUUUCCAUCAUGGCGUCUGGCAGUCGCUAGUCUGUGAAAACAGGCAUUUCUCCACAGUACCAGAGUGGCAGCAAUGUCUCACAGACAAGACCAUGCACUUCUUUGGGGAUUCCACCAUACGACAAUGGUACGAAGAACUCGUGAAGAUCUUGCACAUGACUGAGAUACCUAUUCCAGACGCCGUUCACAACACGGGUCCACUGCUUGCUCACGACUCAAUAAAUAACAUAACGGUGAAGUUUCGAAUCCACGGACCACCUGUUAGGUCAACUUGGACUCCGACGUUUCACCUUAAGUACGUCGCUAACGCCAUUGAUGAGAUCGAAGGUGGACCAAACGAUGUAGUCGGCAUUUCUGUCUGGGCUCACUUCACCUCGUUCCCUGUGGACAUCUAUAAAGAAAGACUGUUCGCGAUCCGGGUUGCUGUAGAACGGCUACUCAACCGGAGUCCGGGGACUGUGGUCGUCAUCAAGUCUGCAAACACGCGCAUGGGCAACGAACUGAUCGGAGGCAACUGGCUGGGUCACAAGUUGGACCUGAUCAUGAGAGAAGUGUUCGCCGGGAUGCAGGUUGUUUUUGUUGACGCGUGGGAGAUGACUAAUGCCCACUGGAACAAGGACAACAUUCACCCUGCCUCUGAAAUAGUCAAGCAAGAACUUGAGUUCCUAUGUUCUUUUAUUUGCCCACUUUGAUAUAUAUACAUAUAUGAAUUGUGUCCUUUGAAUUACCCAUCUCUAUCACCAGUGUCGAAAUGGUUACUACCCACAGUGUCCUCAUAAAAGUCAGCAGGCGCGGAAGUUUUGAAUCCGUCCAGUUUCUCUUGUCGUCUGGAAUGGCCCGAUAACAUUCCAAUGUUGUUGUUUUCUGUAACGUUUAACUUACCAGAACAGAAUGCGUGUUUUUUGGAAUUUCCGAGAAGCACACUUACUUUUUUUGUUCAGUCAUGAAUUGCUAGUAUUCGACUCUGUUAGCCUUUAUCUAAAAUGUGGUGAAAUGAUGAGCAUCCGAGAGUCGUUGUUUUUUCUAUGACCAACAUAA